ACGCAUGCCCACUAGUCAACAUCCGGAAGCGAGAUUGUUGCGGAGAACGAUAAGUGCCUAGAAGGAGAAAUCCUGAAAAAACAAAUAUAUAUCGUAGGUCGUGAAGUAUUCUCAAUUUCUUGCAACAUUACUGCAUUUGGGUUGUAACUGUUUACUCGGAGAUUACGACCAAGCCUUUUAGACAUCCCACGAUAUACAAAACGGAUAACCACUUGAGCUUCAAGGGUCUCGAAAUCUUGAGGAUCCAACCAACGUCCGCCUGAACAGCUGUUGUCUAAGCUGUCCUCUUUAUCCAGCGUUUAUCAGAGUAUUUGUAUUCAGGAUUUAUGAAACACUUUGAAACAUAGAAUAUGAUCGGCAUAUACACUUACUGAGCGUAGCGAGCUAUAAAGCAUGGUAUAUGGGUGUGUGUUUAACUUCGACUACAUUUGUUUAUCGAACUAGCGAUAAUGUUCUGGUUAGCUUCUGAGUAAGGCUACAUUUUAAAACAUCGUUAAUGUUAAAUUGUGAUAACGUUAUUGUGAUGGAUUAGCCAGGCACUACGCGGAGGCUCGUACUCGGCGAUAGUUUCGAUAAGGUGUAUUUAUGAUAGGUGGAAGAAUCGAGGAUCAAUUCGUUCUACAAUAGUUAGCACAACUACAUAACGUUGGAGGCUAUUGUAUUCAUACAUCGCACCAUUUGAUAACGAGUUUCUGUAGACGUUUUGAAGAAGAGCACUUCUGUUAAAAAUUGCCAAAUAUCACAACAGGAGAAUGGCAGACUCUCUAAAGACCUUCCAGGUGCAUCUCACAGCCGUCAUGGACAGUUUAGUCCGUGCGUCGGUGUGUGAGAUCUCUAAACUGUUCCAGGACACCGUCAACGACUAUUUAGUGGAAAUAUCUUUGAAUAGAAAAGAGAAUGAAGCUUUGAAGCUGAGACUGAGACUGACCGAGAACAAGCUAAGGAACGAGCGCAAGUAUGGCCUCAGUUGGGCGAGCCGUCGGGCUGGCCUGGCAUCAGAUGACGGCGGGCGAAAGAAGCGCAAAGUGGACAUGGCCAGAGGAAAGGCAGGGAAGGAGUGGAGUGGUAGAGCGUGGGAGGAGGGGGUUGGAGAAGCGAGGGAGGAGGGUAGGGACGUGUACCUCGUUCAUCUGCCUCAAGGAGAAGAGGAGGAGAGGGAGGAGAGAAGACGUGCCUCUGGGGAGGGAAAGGAGCCAGCCGACAUCAAAGAGGAGUCUUCUGAGCAGGAGGCUGGUUACAGACCGGACUCUCUGAGGCUGAUCCAGGAGGCUCUGCAGAUGGAGCCCAAUGAGCCAACAUCUAGUGGCCCACACAAUCAAACAAAUGUAGAUCUGAACCCGGCCACCGGCUCUGUUGGAUUGGCUUCAGAUAACCGCAGCCCCUCGGGCCUCUCCGGUGCCCAGGAAGAUUGGAAGGGAGAGCCAGCCUGUGCCGACGGGGCAGAGGAGGGUGGAGCCAGCGUGGAUGAGCUCAGUGGCCUCGAGACGGCCUUGAAGGCGGAGCGGGAGAGGGAGAAGGCCAGAUCAGGGCUCAGCAGCCCAGCCCAAAUAGCCAUGUCAAGCACCAGGGGUGACCUGGAGUACGUGAUGAGCCCCAAGUACAUCGGCCUGGACGGCCUCUGCAGCUCCCAGCAGCAGCAGCAGCCCGCUUCCCCACACACAGCAGCCGGUCCAGCCACCACAGGCUGGGCAAAGAGAGCCCCCCGAGAAGAGGUCAACAGCUCGCCCCCUCUGCUAGAGGAGGGUGAGGGAAUACAACUCCCAUCAGCCACUAGUAGCCUGGAAGAGGAAUCCGGAGGCGAAGGCGGGGACUUCCUGCAUUUUUGCCCGCAGUGCGGCGGUGGUUUCAACUCCACUCAGGACCUGGAGGAUCACGCGUGCCCCGUUGGCGCUGACGAGGAGACGCCCUUCCAGUGUGCCACCUGCGGCCGUGCCUUCAGCCAGGCGUGGGCCUUGAAGAACCACGAGUGCGUUCCCAACGGCGAGAGGCCCCACCGCUGCGAGCUGUGCGGCAAGCGCUUCAUGCACUCACGCUCUCUGGAGCGGCACCAGCUGGUGCACACGGGCGAGAGGCCGCACCGGUGCCCGCAGUGCGGCCGCAGCUUCAGUCGCCUGGGCAACCUGGAGCGGCAUCAGCGCAUCCACACGGGCGAGCGGCCGUACGAGUGCGGCGCCUGCGGGAAGCGAUUCAGUCGCGUGGAGUACCUCAAGAGGCACCAGAACAUCCACAGCAGUGACCGCGGCGACAGCGACCGCCCCGGCGACCGCCCCGGCGACUGCCCCGAGGGCCAGGGUCUACAGUGCCCACACUGCGGCAAGACCUGCAGCGACCCCGAACAGCUCAAACAGCACCAGUGUUUCUACAGCAUGUAACACACAGCAUGUUAACAGGCAGAAACAAAAACAAAAAGACUGCUUGCAAAAAGAAAUGACAUGCACAGCCGAAUGACCUCAGACAUUUCAAAGACCAUCUGCACUCUGAAAUGGUAAUCAUACACGGAAAUAGGGCUGAACGAUUUGGGAAAAUAAUCUAAUUGCGAUUUUUUUUACCAAAAUAUUGCGAUUGCGAUUUAAAACACGUUUUUAGAAAAUCGAGUUCUAUCAUAUCGCGAUUAAAUCGCAAAUGCAAUUAAUCGUUCAGCCCUACACGGAAAUCACAUACUCAUACUCAAAUACACCCAACAAUUUAAAGACAACCAGUGCCGUCAAAACAUUCAAUUCAAUAACCAGUAAUGGCUUAGACCCUGCAUCACCUGAAGACCAUAGCAUACGGAAGUCAAGUGGUUACACGACUGUUGUUUCUUGUAUGUAACAUCCAACUUCCUUUAAAUCUGUACACACUCCAUGACAUGCCAUGGCAGCUUCAACUUCUGCCAAGUGAGGCGAAAGACUGAGACUAAGAAGACUUUUCCCCUUUGAAAUGAUGAAUUCAUUGGUCUUGUACAAACCAUUAGAAUGUGUUGGACUUUAACUUGUGUUUUGUGUUCUACCCAAAAAGACCCUGUAUGAAAAUAAUAAGGUUUUGAAAAUUAUUUUUCUUCUGUGAGGCUCUGCAAUUUUAAGCAUACUUUCACAAGAAGUUACUGAUCAUGUUAAUUUGUUUUCCUGGAUGGAGGCCUUUUCUUGGUAUAAAUGGAUGCUUUAUUCAGACCCUGUCAAUGUCAUCUCUCUCAUCUCGCUUCUACUGGGCAGCAGAGCCGUAUGGAGUGACAACUUUCUCUUUUUGUACAAGUUUACAGGAUGUACCUUGUGUCAAUAAUAAAUGAACACACAUUAAAGGAUG